AUGAGGCACGCGCUGGCUCUGCUGGCUCCCCUGCUGGGCCUGGGCCUGGGGCUGUCCCUGAGUCGGCUGGCAGCGGGGGCCACAGACUGCAACUCCCUUGGCCCGGCAGAGCCCCUGACGUUUGCCCCAGCAGCCAGGGCCCGGUGGCUGGCCCCUCGAGUUCGUGCGCCGGGACUCCUGGACUCGCUGUACGGCACCGUGCACCGCUUCCUCUCCGUGGUGCAGCUCAAUCCUUUCCCUUCAGAGUUGGUAAAGGCCCUGCUGAAUGAGCUGGCCUCCGUGAAGGUGAAUGAGGUGGUGCGGUACGAGGCGGGCUACGUGGUGUGUGCCGUGGUCGCGGGCCUCUACCUGCUGCUGGUGCCCGCUGCCGGGCUUUGCUUCUGCUGCUGCCGCUGCCGCCAGCGCUGCGGGGGGCGAGUGAAGACAGAGCACAAGGCGCUGGCCUGUGAGUGUGCGGCCCUCACGGUCUUCCUGCUGCUGACCACCCUCUUGCUGCUGAUUGGCGCGGUCUGUGCCUUAGUCACCAACCAGCGCACGCAUGAACAGAUGGGCCCCAGCGUGGAGGCCGUACCUGAGACCCUGCUCAGCCUCCGGGGCCUGGUCUCUGAUGUCCCCCAAGAGCUGCAGGCCGUGGCACAGCAGUUCUCCCUACCCCAGGAGCGCAUCUCGGAGGAGCUGGACGGUGUCGGUGUGAGCAUUGGGAGCGCGGUCCACACCCAGCUCAGGAGCGCCGUGUACCCCUUGCUGGCGGCCGUGGGCAGUUUAGGCCAGGCCCUGCAGGUCUCCAUGCACCACCUGCAAGCCCUGAAUGCUACAGUGGUGGAGCUGCAGGCCGGGCAGCAGGACCUGGAGCCAGCCCUCCAGGAACAACGGGACCGCCUCCUCCAGCUGCUGCAGGAGGCCGGGUGCCAGGGAGAUUGUGCAGGUGCCCUGAGCCGGGCCCGCACCCUGGAGCUGGGUGCUGACUUCAGCCAGGUGCCUUCUGUGGACCAUGUCCUGCACCGGCUGAAGGGUGUCCCCGAGGCCAACUUCUCCAGCAUGGUCCAGGAGGAGAACAGCACCUUCAACGCCCUUCCAACCCUGGCUGCCGUGCAGACGUCCAGCGUGGUGCAAGAGCUGAAGAAGGCAGUGGCCCAGCAGCCGGAAGGGUUGAGGACACUGGCUGAAGGGUUCCCAGGCUCGGAGGCAGCUUCCCGCUGGGCCCAGGCACUGCAGGAGGUGGAGGAGAGCAGCCGCCCCUACCUGCAGGAGGUGCAGAGAUACGAGACCUACAGGUGGAUCGUGGGCUGCGUGCUGUGCUCCGUGGUCCUGCUCGUGGUGCUCUGCAACCUGCUGGGCCUCAAUCUGGGCAUCUGGGGCCUAUCUGCCAGGGAGGACCCCAGCCACCCAGAAGCCAAGGGCGAAGCUGGAGCCCACUUCCUCAUGGCAGGCGUGGGCCUCAGCUUCCUCUUUGCUGCCCCCCUCAUCCUCCUGGUGUUUGCCACCUUCCUGGUGGGCGGCAACGUGCAGACGCUGGUGUGCCAGAGCUGGGAGAGCGGCGAGCUCUUUGAGUUUGCAGACACCCCAGGGAACCUGCCCCCGUCCAUGAACCUGUCGCACCUUCUUGGCCUGAGAAAGAACAUCAGCAUCCGCCAAGCUUAUCGGCAGUGCAAGGAAGGGGCAGCGCUCUGGACAGUCCUGCAGCUCAAUGACUCCUACGACCUGGAGGAGCAUCUGGAUAUCAGCCAGUACACCAACAAGCUGUGGCAGGAGUUGCAGAGCCUGAAAGUAGACACACAGAGCCUGGAGCUGCUGAGCUCAGCCGCCCGCCGGGACCUGGAGGCCCUGCAGAGCAGCGGGCUCCAGCGCGUGCACUACCCCGACUUCCUCGUUCAGAUCCAGAGGCCUGUGGUGAAGACCAGCACGGAGCAGCUGGCCCAGGAGCUGGAAGGACUGGCCCAGGCCCAAGGCAGUUCUGAGCUGGGGCAGCGGCUGCAGGAGGAGGCCCACGGACUCAGAAACCUUCACCAGGAGAAGGUUGUUCCCCAGCAGAGCCUUGUGGCAAAGCUCAACCUCAGCGUCAGGGCCCUGGAGUCCUCUGCCCCGAAUCUGCAGCUGGAGACCUCAGAUGUCCUAGCCAAUGUCACUUACCUGAAAGGAGAGCUGCCUGCCUGGGCCACCAGGAUCCUGAGGAAGGGGGUGAGCGAGUGUUUCCUGGCCCGGGAGAUGGGCUACUUCUCCCAGUACGUGGCCUGGGUAAGAGAGGAGGUGACUCAGCGCAUCGCCACCUGCCAGCCCCUCUCCGGAGCCCUGGACAACAGCCGUGUGAUCCUGUGUGAUAUGAUGGCUGACCCCUGGAAUGCCUUCUGGUUCUGCCUGGCGUGGUGCACCUUCUUCCUGAUCCCCAGCAUCAUCUUUGCUGUCAAGACCUCCAAAUACUUCCGUCCUAUCCGGAAACGCCUCAGCUCCACCAGUUCUGAGGAGACUCAGCUCUUCCACAUCCCCCGGGUUACUUCUCUGAAGCUGUAGGGCCUGUGGGGUGAGGUGACCCCAGGCUGCCUGUCCUCCCCUUUGAUUCAGCCUGAGCCACAGGACUUCGGUAGCUCUUGCCCCAGAGCCCAGGCUGGCAUCCAGGCUUGGACUGUCCCUCAUUCCGGCUUACCUGGCCCGACCUUGCCUGCUCCUUUCCACCUCUUUCUGCUCACGAUCCCCAUCGUUCACUCUCAGAAUCACGUGAGACUUCUGUGCAGAUGCUGAGGCAGCAGGUCCCUCCAGUUGUCACCCCUCAGCCCGCUGCUGGUGGCAUCCUCACGGGAACAGCCCGUUCUCCACCUGCUGGAGCCUGGACCCUGGGGUGGGACAGAGGCCUCGUCCAACCCCACUCCCCUUCCCGUGUGUCCUCCCCAUGGCAAGCCCCCCUCUGCCCCUCUCUGAGCUCCUCGCCCCCCACCCCAUCCUCAUCUGGCCUCCCCGCUGGCUCCCACUUCCCUCUUAUGCCCUUCCUGGCCCUUUGCUUCCUCCCUUUGUCCCCUCUUCACCCUAUCCCCACUGCAACCUUGCUGGCCCAGGGGACCGCCCUGCCCGGCCAAACCACUCAGGUCAUGCCACUAGUCAGGCAGGGGCACUGUGGCCUAGGUCUGGGCUGGCUGCAGGCCCUGCCUCGUGGCCCCGGAGCCUUCCACUGCCCCAGAGCCCUGGGCCCUCUGCAGAUCCCAUCUUGGAUUUAUUGGUGCCCAGCGGGGUGAGGGAGGCCUGUCUGAAGGCCGAGCCUCCCUGCCUGCACCCAGGUUAGAAAUGGGGGUACUAGCACUUAGCUCCUCUCUGAGUGCUGGCUCCCAAGGAAGGGACCUGGGACCUGGGCCACAGUGGGGACUCACCCUUAUCUCUUCAGAAGGAAGCAUCUUCCACAGCCCCCACCCAGCUUUCUUAGGAGUGGUCUGGUGGCCAGAACAGGAUUGUGCCCUGCCCCUUCUAUCCUGCGCAUGUGGCCUAGAGUCAUCCCCAGCCCAUCCCUGUGUCAGCCCUGAGUGCUGGAUGCUGUGUUCCACAAAGGAGGAAGAGGAGAGACAGAAGAGAUGGACAGACCUCAGAUCCAUUAAAGCGUGCUCACUUGCCUGAGA